AACAAGUCUCAGCACAAGACAUUAAUUAAUUAGCUUGAGAAACUCAUCUGCUGGAUCGAGCUUCUCUGUUAAUUAAUGGCGUCGAAAGCCUUUGCACUCGUGCUGCUGGCGGCGGCGACGCUGGCCAUGGCGGCCAGCACGGCGGCGGCGCAGAGCUCGCCGCAGGACUUCGUCGACGCCCACAACGACGCCCGCCGCGGCGAGGGCGUCGGCCUCCCCGACGUGGUGUGGAACACGACGCUGCAGGCGUUCGCGGAGAGCUACGUGGCGGUGCUCGCCGCCACCUGCAGCCUCGACCACUCGAACAGCGUGCAGCUGGGCUACGGCGAGAACCUGUACAUGGGCGGCGCCGGCAGCGCGUCGACGGCGGCGGACGCGGUCGGCUUGUGGAUGGAGGAGAAGGCGGACUACGUGUACAGCAGCAACACGUGCACGAGGGGGGCGCUGCUCGACUGCGGCCACUACACGCAGGUGGUGUGGCGGAGCACGACGUCGAUCGGCUGCGCGCGCGCCGCCUGCAGCAACGGCGGCGGUGUCAUCAUCAGCUGCAACUAUUUCCCGCCCGGCAACUUCCCCGAUCAGCGCCCUUACUAGUACACUAUACUUACUACUACAUGAAUGUACGCAUCAGAUAUAUAUUUAUAUGAAUAAAUUAAUCACGUUCAUGUAUGUAUAACAUAUACAGUACCAUAUUCGUACUUACUAUAAUAAGUAAGGCAAAUUUUUCUA